AUGGAUUCCCAUAUUUCUAAAGAAAAGCUGAGAAGUAAGAUUGUAACAGAUCGUUUCGGAAGAAAAACAUUAAAUCUGUCAGAGUGGGAUUUGGUGGAACUGCCUGAAGCGGUGCUGGAAUUAACUGAGUUGCACGAACUUGACCUGUCACAGAAUAAACUUAAAACAAUACCUGAAAAUGUUGGAAAACUAAAUAAUAUUAUGGCACUUUAUCUAACCGGAAACCAGCUGUCCAUAUUCCCCGCAAGUUUGACACAGCUGAAGAAACUCAAAUGGCUGAACAUCUCAGAUAACAAACUAACCACCAUCUCUGAUGCUAUUGGUGAGAUGGUGGCACUGGAGGUACUGUAUCUUAGUUACAACCAGUUGACUGUGUUGAGUCCAGCUAUAACACAGCUGAAGAAACUCUACUGGCUGAACAUCUCACAUAACAAACUAACCACCAUCUCUGAUGCUAUUGGUGAGAUGGUGGCACUGGAGAGACUGGAUCUGAGUUACAACCAAUUUACUGUGUUAAAUCCAGCCAUAAAACAGCUGAAGAAACUCAAAUCGUUGUUUGUAAGUGGGAAUCCUUUUACAGUUGAAGGAAUGAGAAGUGUUGUGGAGCUAGAAGAUAGAGGAAUAAUUUACCGAGUAUAUUCAGAUCUCCAAGGUGAGUAAAGGAAAUUUCUGUUCACAUUAUUGUUGUGACGUGUGCAUUUACUAAAUUGGUUCUAAUGAUUGACUUGCAAGUGGUUAUUCUGCUUGUUACUGAUUAUUACAGGUAGCUGGCGAUAGGUAAACUGUAAAUACUGUCAGUUUUUGUGUGGUUUAACAAAGUUGGCAUCACUUGAGAAAUACAUGACAUUUGUAACGGAAGUUUAUGUUCUAUAUUGGAAAGCUUUAUUUUAACAAUUUGGCUGACAUUGAAAUUUAAGUUCAUCAAUAAGGAAAUAUGAUUUGAUGUGGAAUCAAGAGAGUAAAUGUUAUUACAAAUCAUUCUAUGCAGUUAGGCAUCAUUGUUUUGAGUUUUGCUUUCUAUUUGACUGGAAUAAAGAAAGGAUAAAAUGUAUCCCAAGUCAUUUCAUUGAUAGAAAUUGUUGUUUUAUUUUUGCUUUCUAUUUGAUUCAAUGAAAGUGUUCAAAAAUUGAAUAACUUGUAGCUUGUGAAACAAAAUUUAUAAACUAAUACAAUUUGUGAAUUAAGUUACAGGAAUAGAACUUGACUUUGUUUUAAGCAUGACUAAAUUCUGAUUGUUAUUUCCAUAUCACUGGUGAUUUUUGUGCAAUGUUUUUUACACUUGUAGUUGUUACCUUUUGGAUAUAAGCACUUUUUCUUUCUCUCUUACCAACAAUUAAUUGGUUAUUGACUCCUCACUACUUAGAAGAACUAAUUUAAGUCAUUGCCUCUCUUUUGUGUGAUCAGUCACAAGUGGUUCUAAUUCUUAAUGUUAUAAAACAUUGAGUCAGUUUAGUUUUGGUGUGCAUGUUCACCAAACUCAUCACUACAUUUUAUGCCAGGAGAAUUAUUUUGAUUGACUGUGUAAUUUUUAUGUGAGAGUGGAAUAAAUGUGUUUUCCAAACUCACUAAUGCAUUAAUAUCAGAAAAAAAAAUUUGUGAUGGUUUAGUUUUUAUAUACCAGCCUUUAACUCAAACAUUAUUCAUGUUGGAUAUUUAUAGUAGUUGAUUUGUAAACUCUUAACUUUGCUUUUUUUUCAAUUAUUUUGUACAAAUUUUUCAGUGCAGAAAUUUCUUUUUUCUUUGCGUUGUGAAAACUCUCUAAUAAGACCAAAUAGCAGAUCAACGCAAAGUACAGCUGGCUUAUGAAAGGGCUUUGAAAGAUGGAUAUGUCACAGUUUACCGCAGUAGAAUAUUACUCAUUGGACAGGAUCGAGCUGGUAAAACCAGUUUAAAGAAGAGUCUCCUAGGCCUUCCAUUUGACUCUGAAGAACAAAGCACUGAGGGGAUUGAAGUAGAUCCUUCAAAGUGUGAAAUUGAUGUUGACCAAGCUGCAAGGAACUGGCAGUCCAUUGGUGAGAUUAAACCAGGACUGUUGGAAUGUUCUAAAGAUGUGGCAAAGACUGUUGUGGAGAAAAUUUUUAUACAAGAUUUGGAGAAAGAUUCAGUCCACAUUUCACCUGCAGAUUUUGAAGAGGGAUCUUUUGAUGGUUACAAAUAUGGCAGAAAAAAGGUGAUGUCAGAAUUCUAAAAACAUUCUUUACAAGUACAGCUUUUUAAUGACAGUAUAGUUUAAAAUGCUUAAUGUCAAAUAAAGAUUAUGUAAACCUUAAAGUGAAGCAAAAAUUAAAAUUGUUUUAUUAUUUUUUUAAAUUGAUGUUUUUUUACUUUGCAAUGGUCUUAGCCAAAAAGCAGGGAACUGUUCAUAGUCUAAACAAUAAUUUCCCUCCCAGUGUAGUACUUUCAUUUUAUUUAAUUUACAUCAAACUUUGGCAUAAUUAUUUCAGAAGUGUAAUUAGUUUGCUGGCUAAACUGAAUCAUUGUGGUACUUAACUCUUUCACUCCCAGAUCAAAUUUGCCAUUCUCCUUACUAUAAACCACACAAUUUGCAUAACAGUAGUUCAGAGAAUUAAGUAUUGGAUCAACUUAUUAUCCCCAAAUUGUUAUUCUUGUAUAUUCUCAUCACUUAUCUGGUUGAUAUUGUAUUGAUAUUGUAAGGAGAAAUUCUGUCUUGGUUACUCAUGGGAGUUAAAGGGUUAAAGUAAUUAAUUUCACCUUCUUUGAUACUUUACUCAGGUUGAGGAUAAAGGAGAUAACCUGUCAGUAGAUACUAUGCACAACAUUAGCAUUGAACAAUCAAUGGACUGCAUCUCAGAUGAGCCCAAGGUAAUUAUUGAUGUUGCUCAACCCCCUGACACUGUGAAGCAUGUUCAUCAGUGGUUGGAGUAUCUCCAAGGCAAAGACACAAAAAGUGGUUCAUUCAAAGGCGAAUCCUAUCUUAUGGACAUCUGGGACUUUGCAGGGCAGCACCUGUACUAUGCCAGCCAUCCUAUCUUCUUAUCACAGCGCGCACUGUACAUAUUGGUGCACAAUCUCAGCAAGCCUUUGGAUGCAAAAGCUGAGCCCUGCAUGAGACAAGGGAGUAAUGAUGUGAAAUUGGAAAACCCUAACAAUGAAACAAACAUGGAGAAUUUGCUGUCAUGGCUGGCUACAGUACACGGUGUUUCCCUGGCAACUGAUGACCCAGAUGAUGGUGCACAACAUAAGCUGCCCUACCUCCGUCCUCCAGUGUUUAUUGUUGGAACACAUGCUGACAAACCAGUUGAAGACAUAGCAGUAAUAAAGAAACAAAUACAGGAGAGAAUUUCUGGUAUGGAAUAUGAGAAGCAUGUGGUCAGACCCUUAUUCUGCAUUGACAACACUCAGGGAAAAAACUUGAUUGACAACAGUCAAGGACAAAACUUGAUUAAGAAAUUUUUCCAGAAGAUUCUAAAGCAGAGAGAGAAACAUAAAACAGGUAAGAUAUCUCAUGUCAUAUUGUAUCCUUAAAACAAUGUGUUACUUGCAGUAAUUGAGUUUUUUGUAAUUGCAUACUAGCUCGUCUAUGGGUCAAUUCCAAGAACACUUAAUUUGUGACCAUUUCCUUUUAAUCAAAGGCCCAUUUGGUAGAUGGUUGACAAGCAUUGAGCAUACAAUAAUUAUUGUCUGACUCACAUUUACAUGUCAUCCAGCAGUUCUGCUAUGUGUCAUUAUAAUUUUAAAAAGGUUGGUAGACAUUAGGAUACCACCCUGGUUGAAUGAGUUCAGGUUUAUAAAGGAAGCUAGUUAGAGUUGUUGCAGUUGUUUUUUUCAUUAGCUGCAUUCUUCUUAGCUUUCAGCUACUUUAUGUACCAGCAUCACUAUACUGAGGCCUAUAAAUUUUUGCUGACAGAUUCAUUAAUCUCAGAGUUUAAAAUAAGGAACAGAAGAUGAUUUUGGGAAAAGGAGAAUUAUCUUCUGAGCUAUGUUGUCAGCUACAGCAUAAAAUAUCUGUUGUCACACAUGUAUGAUACAAACUAUUCUCAUUGUAAGCACAUGUUUCUGUGUUACAUUAUGCUUUGAAUUCAUUUCCUAAGCAUAUACAGCUGAGGAAGAAGGAAAAGGAGAUGGAAUAGAUGAAUUGCAGAACAGAAUCCUGGAGGUAUUGAGGCAGGAGCCCUAUAUGGGGGAGAAAAUACCUGUCAGGUAAACCAAAAUAUCUUUUUACCUAGCAAACCUCAUUUCAUGGACUUUGGGAUUAAUAUUGUAUUUAAACCAUCAUGAAUAGUUCUUUGAAGAGCAGUCAGUGUUUUCAGCAUAACUGUAUAUGUAUGUAAAUGUAUGUGAAAACAAAAAUAACUCACCUCCACUAGUUUGAAGUUAUUGAAACCCUUAAAAACAUCAGACUGUACAAAUACACAGCAGUUAUUUAUGUGCAAACAAACAGAACUCUAAUUCAUGACAUUGUGACAAUACUAUUUCUUUAAAAAGGUGUGAAUGUCUGAUGGAUAUUUGAGAAGGCACAGCUCUUUGAAUGGAGAAUGUUUGUGUGAAAAACAUAACCAUGUUUGAAUUUUCCUAAAGUUUGGAGAUAGCUAGACCAAGAAAAUAGAUGAAUUAACACUGGAAGACUACAAAUUAAUACAUGUCUGACUGAAGUUAAUAUCCAAUUUAAAACCCUAAUACAUUUUAAUUAUUCUGUUGCCUUCUAGAUGGUUUUUGUUUGAAAAGGUGAUUGAAGCUUUGCUGGUCAAACAGAUUUAUUACAGAAAUCUGCAACAACUUGAGCACUAUGCUAGGAAAGAUUGUUUCAUGAAAGAUGCAAAAGAGUUUGAGGCCAUGAUCAGUUUUUAUCAUGGCCUUGGGAUGAUAAUCAAGCACCGCAGUACAGUUGUACUUAAGGCUCAGUGGUUGAUUGAUCUGUUCAAACAGCUGAUAACCAUUCCACCUUUCAAUGAACAGGUGAGAAAAAAAAUUUCAUUUUUGGAAAGCCUUACCUGCAAAAUGGUCAUUCAUUUAGAUCAUUAGAAAAUGAGCGUGACAUUUUUUUAAAUAAAUAGGCAACUAAUUCAACAGCUGUGAUGCUUUGAUCUUUACAACUGCUGAACCCAAGUUAUUUUGUGUACAUUUUGCAGCUUUUCAGGUCAUAAAUUGAUUUAGCCUUUUUACUUUACAACAGACUUGCAUUGACUUGCUACCAUUCACAAUCAUUGUAUUCAUACAAGUGAAUAGUUCUUUUUGCAUGUGCUAAUUGGCUUCUGCAGUAGUGAAUAACAACUAAUAGUCACCUCUGAGCAGCCCAAGAUACAAAAUUGCACGUUAAGAGUGUAAUUUCUGACCAUUUUGGUACACUGAUUGAAAUAAACUUUUCUAGUUUCUGUACAUAUACGUGGCGAACAUUCAAAAGGAACAUUUAGUGGACUUCUCUAAUCUGGAAUUGCUGUCAUUUACAUAUUUUGUAGACUCCUUUAUAUGCUAAGUACUGGCAGGAACUUGAAGCAAGUGGCAUCCUUAGCAUGGAACAUGUUGAUCAUGUGUUCUCCAGCUUUAUCACGGGAGGAAUCGUUAAGGCAGACAUCCUUGAUAUGAUGGAGCGAUUUGGUUUGAUCGCUAAGUUCUCAGCUUCCCCAACUGACGAGAAGUACUUUGUACCAGCUCAGUUGAAGUCAUCGCCUGUAGAACUUUGUAAAAUGGAAUUAUCAUUAACUGACCCUUGUCCAUUGUAUCUCCUCUUUGUCCAUGGCUUUGUCCCUCAUGGUCUUUUCUUGCAGCUUGUCUCCCGAUGUAUUCGUUGGUGUUCAGAGACAUGGGCCACGCAUCAACCCACCCUGUACCAAAAUGGAGCAUGGUUUAUUAUUGGGAAAGAUAUUCAUGAUUUUGUCCUCAUAUGCAAAACAGGAUUUGUGAAGGUAACCUUGAGACAAAGAGAAGCACAAAGUGAUCAGGUUGAAGGACAGAACUCCAUCGAACUAGCAACUCUUGUUCGUGAAUUUCUUGAAGACACCCUAAAGAAUUUGUCACAAGAAAUGCCAUACCUGAGAGGAAUGAAGUAUAGGCUGUGUGUUGCAUGUCCUUACUGUCAUCAAGGGGCAGAAGAAACACGUCGUGCAUGCUCAGACCAAGUGAAAACCACUUGUACACACAAGGACUGCUUCCACCUCAUUGAUGCAAACGAAGGUCAGCCGGACAUCUGUAAGCGAAAACCUUGCAAUAAGGUAGCACCAGUUUGUGGAUUAAAGAAAUGGUUCUUGAAAAGAAGAAGCCAGGUAUGAUUGAUUAUAGUGAUUUUUCACGAAAAGAUUUCUGGCCUCAGUUUCAUCUUUGCUUUGCUCCCCUAAUUUACUUGAUGUGAAUAUCAAUUGGACUGUUAUCAGUGGUGAGAAAGGGAGCCUUGAUAGGUUAUCUUCAGUUUUAAAUACAAGUCAGAGAAUUUCUAACGAGAUGAAAUUAUUUUUGAAUUUUAUACUCUUUUGUUUUUUCAUGGUAAAGUGUUUAUCAAUAAAAAUUUUAUAUGACCACACCCCAAGUUUUUUGUAAAUGUAAUUGUCAUAAUCCUAUAUAACCUUUUUUUCUUCAGGGUUUGUCCUCUUCAAAUGUAGCUGCCAGAUCACAUGAUGAAGCAAGUAAAAUCAAUCCAAAGAAGUCUACCACAGCAUUGAAGGUAACUCUCCUUGGCAGUGAGUGGAGUUCGUCAAUGGGAGGCUUGUCCACCAUCAACAGACAGCUUGCUAUUCUGUUGGCCAAACACCCUGAACUGGACGUCACUCUCCUUGUCCCACAGUCUGCCUGUUCUGAAGAAGAGAAGAGGAUGGCAUCAAGUCACAAUGUUUCCAUCCAGGAAGCCGAGAAACUUGCAGGCUUCAGUGAUCCUCUUGAAUGGUUGAGUUUCCCACCAAGAGACCUCGUCAUUGACUUUGUGCUGGGUCAUGGUGGAAAGCUUGGUAAGCAAGCCCAAGUUAUCAGAAAGUCUCACAGAUGCAAGUGGAUUCAGGUGGUGCACACUGCACCCGAAGAACUAGGAAUGUACAAAAACUAUCCCAUGGCCAUUUCCAAAGGUGAUGGUAAGAGUACAACUGAAGUGGAGUUGUGUCAGUUAGCAGAUGCUGUGGUAGCAGUUGGACCAAAGUUGACGAAGGCUUACUCUUCUCACCUGCGCUCAUGCGAGAAGCACCAAGAUAUAAUUCAACUGACGCCAAGCACGUUCAAAGAGUUUUCCGACGUAAAACAAGCUGCAGUUGACGUGGACAUCUUUAAGGUUCUAACGUUUGGCCGGGGUGACCCAGAGGACUUCAGCUUGAAGGGCUACGAUAUCUCUGCCAGAGCAAUAGUUGAACUGAAAGACAGGUCGUACCAUCUGAUUUUCGUGGGUGCACCUGACGGUAAACAGGAUGAGGUUGCAAAGAAUCUACUCAAGAGUGGAAUUGAUAAAAAGCAGCUGAUCGUGAGGAAGUUCGUGCAAAAAAAAGAGGGAUUGAAAAAAUUAUUUUGUGAAGUUGACAUCUGCAUCAUGCCCUCCAGAACAGAGGGGUUUGGUUUGACGGCCUUAGAAGCGUUGUCUGCUGGUCUUCCCAUUCUUGUCAGUGGAAACUCAGGAUUUGGUGAAGCACUGUACACUGUACCAUCAGGCAAAUCAUUCGUGGUGGAGUCUGAGGACCCUGAGGAGUGGGCAAAGGCAAUUGCUGCUGUCCGACUGAAGGAAAGAUCAGAUCGACUUCAAGACAUUCAACUUCUAAGGAGUUCCUAUGAAGAGAAGUUUAGCUGGGAGAAGCAGUGUGACAGUCUUGUGGAGAAGAUGUGGGACAUAGUUCAUGGUCAGAAUGUUUUGAAUUUUCUUCAAAAAGUAUUUUAGGGGGCUACUCGGCUUUCGGUCUCUUAUUAACUGUGAUGGAAAGCAUGAACCCUUCAUAUAAAAAGAGAUGUUGAACAUGAGUAGUAAUCAAUCGUUUUAUCCUCAUACUGUUUACUGUGUUAUUAAAAUAAAAGCUUCUUUCCAUCUUUUUAGCUUCUAAAAGACGAGACACAAGUUUCAGAGCUCAGCAGGUCGACGUUAUUGACACGUCAACCAAUCAACGAACAGUUGAAUCAUUACUGACUCCAAGUGAGUAAAAGUAAAAACUUAGCACGAUGCUGUUUACUUCUGAGACAUGUUUUUACUUAUACCCCUGCAUUCUUGAGUCACAAACGUAAGACGUGUACAAACAAAUUUGAUUUUCUUUUACCUCCUGAUCCGGACGGACGGCUUAGUGUUAUUUAUUUCUUUGACUCAUUUGAAGUCUUCAUCCAAUUGGAAACUACCAGAAAUUGUCUGAAACCAGGCCAGAAACAAGGAGACAUGGGAAGCUCUUACUGUUCUUAUCAAAAUCAGUUUAUGUUCUAUUCUCGAUACGUUGUCUUGUCGAUACGUUGUGUUGAAGUAAUCACAUAUUCAUACGGUAGAGGGAAUACAUCAGUGUAUUUUUCAAGCCCGUUCUUUUUUUCCAGGAUUUAUUUUUCUAGUUACACAGAUAUGUCAGAGUGUAGACCUCGUCGUUAAUUUUUCUUCUCUGCUUCUUCUCUCUUGAUUAUUUGUGUAUUCAUUCACGGGCAGAAAUCGAACUUAAACAGUAACGAAAUUGACAGCUACAGCUUCCUUCUUAAGGCUGAGUUGUUGGACAAAACAGCGGAAGUCUGGUGGUCUUCUCCUUUUUACCCUAAAAGUUUCUGUCACUAGAUUGAGAAUUGUUAAUUUCCAGCAGACGAUUCUUUCGCUUUUUAACUGCAGUUAGAUUAAUAAAAACCUUGUGUUUUCUAGGUUCUCUUGACCGAAUCAUCCAGGAACUUCAGCAGAUGCAACUGGAUGCAAGCAAAAUCAAGAGCAGAACAGAUCUAUCAUUGGGGCUUCAGAAUAUUGCAUCAGACAGGGGCUUCAGAAUAUCUGAUAAUCAGGGAUCAGGAAAUUGCAUGUUCUAUGCCUUGUCCGAACAACUGGAAAUUGUUAAGGGAAUCAAAAUCCCACAUGGAAAAUUAAGACAAACCUUGGUUCAGUACCUCAGGAGUAACCCAAAACUUGUAAGUUGAUGUUAGUAUGUUUAACAGAGUAUGUCACGUGAUGUUAUUGUUUAAGUAUGAUAAAGGCUAAGUGAUAAUACAGGCCACUUGGCCAACACCACCAGAACCUAUCCCAGUGUUCACAGCGUGAAGUGACUAGGAGUAUUGUUAGUCCUUCUGCAUGGAAAAAUGGUCUUUUUUUCAAGAGCUCUGAAACCAGCUUGUGACCCUGGUGGAAAGAAGAACUUGAGAUAUUUAACUGCAUUAUUUAAGAAGCCACACAGUGACGUUGGUGACAAUUAAAUUCAUAUGUUACUUAAUGUGGUGUCCGGAGAAGCAGGCCACCACGGUUUUUAGUCAUUUUAAUAUUUCCGUUUCAGAAGAAUUUCCUUUAAACCUCCAUUAGAUGACAGAAUUAUGGUCAUUCUCUUAAUGAUGGCUCUGUCUUGUUGUUUUCCUGCUGUUUGCAAAGCAGAAAAUUUGUUACUAUACAGUACAUUGCCAAUUAAAGGUCGUCUCGUACCAUUCUGAUAAAAUUACUCCCUGACUCGUACUCCACGCGCUCAAGUUCCCAUCAACAAUCCUUUUAAGUUUCCUUCUUUAACUGAUCUUUCUUACAGCCGGAUGGAACAGAUCUGUUUGACUUUGUCCAUGGACAUCAAACAUGGACUGAAUACCUAGUACACAUGGAACAAGAUGGCGCUUGGGGUGAUCACGUGAUUCUGUGUGCUGCAGCAAACUGCUUUGAAACGUGCAUUCGUGUGGUCAGCAGUCUAUCCCAUAGCCAUGAUGUAAUCAUUACGCCACAUUUUUCAGUUGACGAAAGCAAACCUCUUGUGCUGGGACAUAUUCAUGAGGUGCACUAUGUCAGCCUUCAACCCGUGAAAGGUACAGCUCAUUACUUUACUCCAAUUAACUGAAAUUUUAGUUUUACAGUGAUAUUUGUGAGAGGGGCAGGUGGGCAGUCGCCCAUAUACUGAUAUUGAUCCAUAUUUGUCAGUUAGAAUCCUUAAUAUUCUUUUUAAUGUCGAGUUGACAACAGUCACCCUGUUUGUUGUUCGAUCUAGUGCUUUUCUCCUUUAACACACAUCAUGAAGUUUAUGGUUUUCAUAUUUCAUUCUUCAUCGCUGGCUCCCAUCUCAAUAAUCAAACGCAAUUCAUGCACUCUAUUGUUCUUCCUUGUCGUUUAACCACAGUGUUCUGAUUAUUGUGUUUGCAGGUUAGAGUGGCAGGCCCCCUACAGUCACUUUGAUCGGCCCUUGUAAAGAGCCCGGCCUUACAGAGUGACUUCAUAGGCAUAGAGACUAUUGAUACAAAUUGGAGAACUAGAGCUUUCUUCUGUCGAUUUUUCCAAUGUGAACUUUAAAAUCCUAGAUUUAAUUAGAAUUUCCAACAAUUUUUUCAACAGAAUAAGAACAAUAAUAAGGCCCUGUAAUUAAAAUUUUAUUUCUUGUAACAAAUGGCUGAUAUAUUGAAGAAAAGUAAAAUGGUUUCCGUGUUUACAUAUCCUGAUGUAAACACGCGGGAGGUUGGGAGAACACGAGAUAAGCGUAGGAAACCACGACGCGAAUCUUCAGAGUCUCGGUUUGCCCUAUAUCUGAGCUUAUUUGAGUUGUUCUCUCAAAAGAGUUGGUCUCAGCGAUUGAAAAAAACCUCGCAACACCCUCCAGUCAUCAAAACUAACUACUGAUCUCGCACUCCGUUCAACACGCAUAGAAAACGUACAUGUCAAGAGGAUUGACUUCAAUUCCUGCACUCUAUCUGAAACGAUCAAAUGAAAUUACGAACGUCUACACAAUGUGAAACACACUUACCUGCGUUAGACAUGAUUAACAGCUGAUCAGAGAGAGGUAAAAGCGAUAGAUUUAUGAAGACAAGGAACCUGCGGAAAUAUUACCUCUUCAUCAACAUAACACACCUUGCUUCCUUGGGUUCACGACACGCUUAGUUUGUUCUGAAAAUGUUUUACAUGCAAGCAUACCGAGCUCCCGAGCCAAAUUUUUCACGAGUACGUCUCUUUCCCAAGGUUUUGACAAUAGUUUAAGCGCUCUGAUGUUUCUCACCGAAAUUUUUGAGAAAACGAAAGGUACCGACCUCGCGCUCGAAUGUUUAGCCAACAUCCUGAGCCCUUACGCUAUCUUCAGACUCGAUGAAGAUUGAUCUUGCUUCGCUUUUGGUAUUUAUUAGAAUUACAUACCACUGUAUACACGAUGAUUGAUAUACUGAAGCAGGUUGUUCGGGGCAUCUCUGCUAUUGAGGGUACUGCAAACAACGACUGUCAUCAAAAUAUCUUCUAAACUGCUGCACUUAGUCUAACCUGGAACACAGAGGUAAGGAUUCAACCGAUCGAAUUUCUUGGGAAAAUUCACCCACAGCGAAAGUUCCCCUUUUUUUUCGGCUGAGGCGUAAAACUAAAUGAUUUAUAGAUAGCUGUAGAGCACUUUUACAAACGAGGAAUUCAACAAGUCGAGAAGCGAAAGACGAAUGAUCUUUGGAUAUGUAAUCGUGACAUUCGCUUAAUUAAAAUAAUCACGUUCUCGACAACAGAAAUCAAAUUUCCUUACUGUCACGCGAUCACGUGCUGAAAUCUUUGCUUUACUUUACAGUUACAUUCCUCUGAUUCCUAUAUCUGUUCAGAAGGUAUAUUUGAUUCCUUGUGUUUGACUUGGUGAGAUCGUUGUCAUUUUCAUGAUUGUCCGAAGAUAAGUUAAACGAACAAAUUUUCCUCAAAAAGGAAACCUGUUUGAGACUCUCAGUCAGUGGAUUAGAUUCAAGCGAAGGACCGGGCGAGUUCAAGUCGAUGGUCACGAUUUUCUGAUUCCACAGCAGCUCUUUCGCUCAUUUCCAUUAACCGAGAGCGUAACAAAAAUUAAGGCCAACAUCAGCCCCGCUACCCAAACAAGUAAAGCGAGAGGAAGGCUUAUACCCGGGGGGUGGGGUUAGGGGGGGGGGGAGUGGGCUUCUAAUUGUUUGUUUUCCUUGUUGCCGUUUUGUUCAAAGGUAGAUGGGCCUUUAACAGUUCAAUUAAAAGUUCGAUAACAAGACACCAAACGAUAAAAUUUGACUUUUUCAUGAUCAUAUACCCUGUAAUCUCAUGGGUUACACUACCCAGCACACUGGCUUCUAUUUCAGUUUUAAGAUAAAAUCUCACUUUUUAAAAUCUGGAAGUGUACAAAGGAAAUGACAUUACCAUAUGUGGGGUGACUAAAAAUGGAAUCAUAGAAUGGUCACCAAUUUAAAAUAAGCUUUUUCCUCAGUAUGAGUAAGUCUAACACAGUUUACAUUAGCCAUAAUUUGCUUUUAAUUCAUCAACUCUACCAUGAUGUUAGCUUUUCCAAGAACCUGAAAAAACAACAAAUUAAAAAGCCAUAAUAAUCACAGCAUUCAAAAUGGGCACAGGGACUUCCAUUACAAUCUUUUUAAGUUUCCACAAGCCUAAAUGUCUCCUCACAACAUUUUUUAUCCCAGACAAUAAGUGAGUGACGUCUUCUGUGACGUCUUCUGUUUCUAGACUUUGCUGUAACAGGUGCAGUUGCUCUGACUCUCUUUUCAAGUCUCUACACUUUGGCUUUCUUUGCCUGCAACAAAAGUACAUCAUCAAACAAGAGGGUAAACUUCAGAGAUACAAAAAUUAAGUACAUGAUAAAUCUUUUAAUGAUAAGAAUCCCUGUUUUACUAACACCUUGUCCCAGAGUAAACAAAAAGACCAGGCACUCCAGGUUUUCUAGUGUUUGAACAUUAACUUUCUCUAAUCCUUUAACCCCAAAUAGUGAUAAGGAACUAAUUUCUCCUUACAAUAUCAUUGCUAAAUUAAACAUUAAGGUCAUGAGAAUAGGGGAAAUGAUCACUAACAAAAAAAAAGCUCUUGAUUGUUGAGCAAAUUCUCCUUGUCAGAACACAGAGAAAAGUAUGGAGAAUAUGCAUAUAUAUUGAUGUUAGAGUGUAAAGGGUUAAAAACAGACAAUAGGGAAUGCAUGUGUAUAGAUUAAGGAUUCUAGAAUAUCAUUGUGCUUCUACGAUUUCCUUGGAUGACAGAGUGUUCUUGAAGGAAUUGGCACAUGUGAGCACAGGGGAGCAGAUGGGAAAUGUAUGUAACAGUAUAACAGUUACAUGAGCAUCAUCUUCCAAAUAUGAUGAAUUUAAUUUUUUUUUCUAUCAAUCAAUUCUGUGAAUCUAAUUUAAUCACACAUGUAUUUGUGAGGGAAAUCUCAUGAGCUCAAGUACAUCUCUUAAUUCAAAGGCAUCAGUGAUGUUUACAAAGCUUUGGUAAAUAAACUAGCAAUUGGAGUGCCUUUUGGUAAAACUCUCAAAACAUCUAAUGAGUAACCAUAAUUUAUGAAAUGUAAGAGCUGUUUAAUAUGUUUUUAUGUAUGAUAUGUUCUAAACAAAACCUCAUACAAAUACUGCUCUUUGUACAUGCCUGGUGCACAUUUCUCAAAACAUUUUCAGCCAGUUGGAAAAUGCCUUAAGAUAAUUAUAUUCAUUGUCUAAUUUGUUCAUUCAUUAGAAUGCAGAGGAGGAUGAACACAUCAAAUUUUAAUGUUUUCUUUUAACUACUAGAAAGUUUAUUUUUGUUUAGUUAUCUUUAACUCUUUAACUCCCAAAAGUGAUUGACAUGUAACUUCUCACUAUAAAAUCCAUUCAUCAUCUAGCAAAGAGGUAAGGAGAAUACUUAAACUUAUCAGGUAGAGGUUGUUUUCUUGAUUUAACACCAAAUUCUUGUAACUUAUUUAAAAGGAAAUGUGUAGCAGCUAGAGGGGAGAAUUAACAAUCAGAUCUUGGAAGUGAAAGGGUUAAAAGCUUUAAUUUCAAGCCAGUGUGUAGUAUGGAAAUCCUGUAUUGCACUUAAUAAGUUAUUUUUCAAUUCAUUCACAAUAGACUAAUCAGGAAUGAAACAUUUUGUUGCAGUAUAUAAUGAUUAUUAUUAUAUUAUUUUAGGUAGUUAGUAUUUGAAUUUAAGUACAAAAAAGCACAGCAGUCUUAUGUCUGAGUGACUUGCUGUAGUCUCUUAUUUAUCUUCAGUCCCUAAUUUUUGCUGAUGACUGUUAAUUAAAAUCAGGAGGAAAAUAAUAAAAAAGGACACCAACAAUUUGAGAAUGAAAAGUUAAACCCCAUCCCUCUCUCACUGUAGGACAGUACCCACUGAUAAAAGGAUGAACCUGAUUCAUUCUGAUUAAAGCUGACUAAUUGGAGAGUAUAAGAGUUAGUUUGAGAGUACAUGUUUAAGUAUGUAAAUACUACAAAUUCUUUUGCAGUUGGUUAAAAUCACAAUGUUAUACCUCCCAACUCAAAAGCCAUUUUUCAUUUGACCCUAAUUGUUCCCUUUGGCUUCAGUUCAAGGAACAUUUAAGAGUCUUGGGAAAAGAAAACUCACUGUAUCCCUUGGAGCCAGUCAUUAACUGCUUAUGUUUAACAAAGUUUGAACUGAAACAAACUCUGAAUACUGAAAAGUAUGAAAAAGAAUGUGUUGCAUGAGAAAGCCAAGACUCUCACCUCACUCUCUGAAAGGACACUUUUGUGCCCCCAUUUGACUAUCUUGUCAUGAUAAUUGAGUUUGUGAUUUAAAACUAACAUGAUAUCCAAGCUGAUUAAACACAGAAGAAAAGAGAACCUGAUCAGUCUACCAGAAAACUUACUGCUUGUCUUAUACAGGCUUUAAGUGUUUGAAACUCCUUAUUACAGGUAUGGUUGGUAAUGUUGUCUGUCUGGGACACACAUCUUCUAUAAAGAAGGACCUGAAAGAAAAACAUAACCAUUAGGAAAAUAAUUAAUACAUCUAAAACAACUUGAUGAGAACUUUUUGGCUAAGCAUUAAAACAAAUUCAGGCAUAAUCUCAACAAUACUUGAGACAAACUGUGUAAGGUUUUCAGUUGAGUUAAUCAACUCUUUGACGUUGGAAGUAAAAGGGUCAAGAUUUCAGGUAGUUGGUUUAGAGGAGACAAUUUGGUAGAGAUUUGAACACUGUAAAGAUUGUUUUACUCAUCAUACACAGUGCUGUUUAUAAAUUUAAUUGAGCCCAGAAGCAAUCUGACAUUUCUAAGCUUUUCCAUGACCUUGGUCUGUGAUUGGCUAAUAUAUUAACACUAUCUAAUCAACCAAUCAGAGACAAAAACAGCAAUUUGGUUUCUUGUAUUUUGCAAUGGCCUAAGUUAGUUUCUGUCUUUGUUUCUCUCUGUUUUUUCUUUCUUCUUUUUUCAUAUUUUAUGAACUCUUAAUUACAACACCACACAUUAUAAUUACAAUAUUUCAGCUACCAUACUUUUACCAUAAAUUACUCAUGAUCAGUAAAUGCCAUUAUAAUCCAACAUAUAUAUUUGCUAAACCCAUCACAUGACAGAAUAUCCCCUAGCUAACAUUGGGGAUGUCCAAGGAUAUACCUCAAGCAAGCAAUAUUCCCCACUUUUCAAACCUUACAUCCAAUAUCAUAAUGGAAAACUUUGUGUUAAGGAUUUAAUUCAGGAUGAAAAGCAUUGUGUGGUUGUUAUAAAAGAGGGAACAUGUUACUUUUGUUCAUAAAAUCAUUUUAGAGAAAACUGAAAAGUAAACCUCCCACACCACAAACAGUAAGCUGUUCAUAAACAUUUUUGCCAAAACACGCCCUUUAACCCUUUAUCUCCCAUGAGUGACCAAGAGAGAAUUUCUCCUUACAAUGUCAUUACAAUAUCAAGCAGACAAGUGAUGAGAAUGAAGAAAAAUAUGAAUUAGGGGAUUAUUAGUUGAUCCACUAACAAAUUCUCCAAAUUAACAUCACAAGAACUAUAUGGCAGAAAGGAAGGAGAAUUACUAAAGAGAUCUUGGGAAUUUAAGGGUUAAUAUCCUUCCAAACAAAACAAAAAAAAAAAGUGAAUAAUCAAAGCGGUUGCUAAAACAAAAUUACAAAUAAAAUAAAGGAGAACAAAAGACACAAACAAAUGUUGCAAGAGAUCCUGGUUAAAGACAAUUGAGAACCAUUUCAAGAGGUUCAGAAAAAUAAUCCAGCAAAGUUAACCAUAAAUCAGAAUGAAUAAAAUUUACAGUAAGGAACUUAUAUGAAUGAUACAAACAUAGGUAAAUUGAGCAAAAAAAAGUAAUAGAAAAGCUAAAACAGUAACAGACUUGAAAACAAAAGAACUUAAUGAAAAUGCAAUGGAAAGAAAAUGUAAACGAAUUCAAAAUAAAUUAUGCCAAUGUGCUUUUUUGGCAGCAACAGUGCUUUUCAUUUAUUUCUUAUAACUUCCUUCUUUUCUUUAAGUAAGUCAUAUUAGGGGCCAAAAUUGUACCCUUUGCCAAAUUUGAAACUCAGAAGAAAACACUUAUUAAACAGUUAAGUUGCUCUCUGUCAUCCUAAAGUGCAAUGGCAAAGAAAUAUUCCCAGAGAUCACACCACUGUUGUGCUUUAAUGGCUAACAUGUGGCUGAUCUUUAACUAUACUUUUAUCAAACCUUUAUUGAGCUAUCAUCAAAAAGAAAUGUGUCUUUCAUUAAAAUUUUAUUUAUUUCCUUUCAGUGGUGAACCAAAGAAACCAUUCUACGCCUAGUUAAUCUAAUCAUAGGUUGCAUUAUGCUGGAAGGUAAAUCGAAACAAAACAAAGCAAAGCAAGAAAAAAAUUAAUAGCAGGAGAAACCUGAAGAUAAGUUUGUCCUGAAAAAUUCAUUUUGAACAGCAACUACAAGUAAUCGUUAUUUUGCCGCGAGAAAAAUAUAUGUAACUCCUUAGCAUUAUGUAAGCUUAAUUAAAAAUAGACAAACCAAACCUCACUUAAUUAAAAAUAAACAAAAUAAACCUCACCUAAUUAAAAAUAAACAAACCAAACCUCACGUGCCUUCGAUAUAAUUUUUAUAUUCUGGGUUUCAAAUAACUUUCCUAUUAAAUAAUUUGUCACGGUGAAUAAGAUUAAUACGAGCAAUGCUCAGCGAAAAGAAAUGUGAGUAUAAACUGGAACAGCCCCAAGCUACAACCCCUAGCAGCUACAUGUACUGGCAUUUCUUAACCAAGUCUUAUACAAUCUUGAACCUGACUUUGUAAAAACGUACUUACUUGUGUUAACUACACGUACUACUUACGCGUAGCGAACAAAGUGUAUCGAGUAAAAUCUCACCUCUGUUUUGCAAUCUGCAAGAGGCUUCGAAAGCCCGAGAUUCUCGUGAAAUCUUUUCCCCUUGGGCUCAUUAUUUCAGGUAAAUUUCCAUUUAGCGUUGCCCGCCAUCUUUUAAAUUGUGCAGUGUAUCCUGGGUGGUUGGCUCAAGUAAGCGGAAAUGAACUGGCUAAAACCGGAAGUUCGGAAUCACUCGUCUUCAUGAUACUUACUAGCAGACAAACAAACAGACAAACCAUAUAGCUUUCUGAAACACUUACACAAAAUUCUAUGAGACAAAUUAUACGAAACUUAAGAAAGAAAAAUCUUAUAAAUGGUUAAUUUUUUAAAGUUUUGUCAGUUGUCAAUUAGCUGCGAAAUUUAUUCUUCUCUCAGCGGGAUUUGUCCUUAGGCAAAACCGAAACAAAACUGAAAGAACGUUGUGGCAGAUGAAAAACUAUUUCUAAAGGGAUGGUCCAUCGAAUAAUUGCCACGAUUACAGUUAACUUGGUGUGCGGCACAAAACUUUUCAACCUAACUUUGUUUACCCGCCUGUUGAAUUUAUGAACGCUCGUCACGACGUUGGAAUCUGAUGUCACUAAGCUGGUCUUGGCCUUCUCGCGCAAACUCCGCCCUUCCUCCUAUUUCUGGAAAUAACACUUUCUUGCCGUGGCCAUAUCUUUGCAACGAUCUCAAUUAUUUUUGUAGCCAACCCUAUUAUCUUUGUACUUCGGCUUGUCGGAGCCAUUGUCUAAGAUAUUGGCCUUUAAAUUAUACAGGUUUUUUUAUUCGUUUUUGUAUAAAGGCUUUGCCAUUGGAUGUUGACAUAAAGGUACCUUACGUUUUUCAUGUCAGUGUAAGUGAGUAUAUCCUCUCCAGAUCUGAUAGAAUAAAGCCGUUCACCGCCUGUCCACCUUCAUUUGUUUGAAAAUUCUCUACAAGUCUCAGCUGGAAGCUCCAGGAUAAACCGAGAGGCACUGGAAAUCAACAGACUGCUUGUUCACGUAGUUUCUUCAAACACGAACUAGUUGGACUCUUUGUUUCUGCCAGUCUCUCCGAUGAAGGGGGCUUGGCAGUCGGAGUAAUUGAUCUCACUGCUCCCCGUCUGUUCUUCGGUUCGUCCUUGUCUUUGACGUUUGUUGGUAACUGACGUAAUGUAGUGAUGGGUUUGUGGACGACGUGGAUAUUGAAGGGUUGUAGGAUGCGCGAGAUGUCAUCAGACAUGCUCUUUAUGUAUGGUAUAGUCGCUGUAAGUGUAGGAGUUGCGGUGUCGUUUAUUUCGGUAGUUCUGGUAAGUUGGGAAUUGUUUCGUCGGUUGAAGUCGUCGUUAAAGUUGUUUUUGAAAAGGCACGGUCAAGGUAUUUGUUUUCGUUGGAGAAGCUGUUUGUGUUGUCGCAUACUAGUUGGGCUUGUCUCGUUAGAGUCCUGAUAGUGGUGGCUUUGUGUGAUAUCGGGUCGUAAGAUGAUUUGUUUGGUAAUCAGUCAGUGUGUGUCAGUUUCCUGUAAACUGAUGUCCGUAGUGAGUUGUCGUCACGGGUCACCAGGCAAUCUAGAAAAGGAAGUUUACCAUUUUCUUGACUUCUCUGGUUAACUGUAUGUCUGUGUUUUGUUCGUUAAGGUGUUGGUGGAGUGCGUCGAUACAAAGUGCACCUGGUAUCCUAGUGCGACGAUCGUACAAAGUACGACGGAACAAACCAAAGGCUUUACACAUUCCUUGAUGCAUUCACAUUUUUUCUCUUCCACAUUUAAUUGACUAAUCAUGUGGUUACACCAACUGGGGUAUUUUGUUAAAGCUUUCUCUUCAACAGUUAUGUGCGUUUAAACUGUUUCAAAUAUCAUCCGAGGUCUAUUUUUGGAUUUAAGACAAACACAUUGUCUUUAUAAAGUAACCACUUAGCCUACAAGUUUAUCUUCAAUUCGUAACACCUGCAGUGGCAUUCAUCUUCCUCGUUUAUCAACACUUAUAAAAAAAGAAAUACAUUUACCCAGAUUUUCAUAUCCAGCACAGAUAUAACAGUGUUAAAGUAAACGAUACAGACAGUACUCCAAGACUUCCCAGACCAAAGUAAUAUAAUCAGCACAGAUAUAACAGUGUUAAAGUAAACGAUACAGACAGUACUCCAAGACUUCCCAGACCAAAGUAAUAUAAUCAGCACAGAUAUAACAGUGUUAAAGUAAACGAUACAGACAGUACUCCAAGACUUCCCAGACCAAAGUAAUAUAAUCAGCACAGAUAUAACAGUGUUAAAGUAAACGAUACAGACAGUACUCCAAGACUUCCCAGACCAAAGUAAUAUAAUCAGCACAGAUAUAACAGUGUUAAAGUAAACGAUACAGACAGUACUCCAAGACUUCCCAGACCAAAGUAAUAUAAUCGUUGACUCUAAUCUUACUAUAUUCUUUAUUCCUUUAUACUUUUAUUUGACAAAUAGUUCCCAUCUUCCGCAAUUAAGUUUUUGCAAAAGCUUUUAUACUGAAGUACAUUCUUACCAUUUUUGAAUUCGUCUGUCUGUUGGACGUGGAUUUUUUAUCGCACAAAAAUGGGCACCGUGAUAUCGCUAAUUUGGAUGCAAAACGGUCACUUACCCCAAUUGUCACUCAUUUUUCCCUUUUUGUCUCUGAAACUUUGUAGACGUCUUUGUAUAAAAAGAAUUCUUAAACUGUUCGCCAAUAAAAGAAAAUAACCCAUCAGGUUUUCUUCAACUUUUACUUGAAAGCUUACAUCUGGUAAAAGUAAAAGAGGGUUUUUUCAUCAAUAAAUUAUUCAUUGUAUGAUUCAGAUCAGCAACAAAAUUAUGUUAACAUCAUGGGACACAUACUGAAAAGUCACUGCUGAGGGCCAGUGACGUCAUCCAACGUAGAGGUGUUUUUCCAUUUUGUCACGAUACUUUUUGGCUUGUCAAUCAAACAACAGCUUUUGAACUUGACAAGAAAACAGAAAAUAAGACUUAGAAAAUUUAUAAUAGGUAUACUGUACUUCCCUUUCCAACAUGAAAUUUUCAUUUUUUUUUGGUAGCUCAUAUUAAUCCUUAAAUCACAUCUCACUUGUCAAUAAAUUUCUGCUAUAUCUUUAAGUUGAUUUUCACGUUUCAGAGAUAAACAAACGGUUACUGAAGUGAACAAUCGCCAGAUAAAAUCUUCCUGAUAAGAUAAAAUAACAAAAAAAUCCGAAGGAGGGGGGUUGUAUCGACCGCCUCCCCUCCCCCCUGUUUGUCCGAGGCGUAAAGUUAAAGGAAAGGAAACAAAGAAACCAAUAACAUCUUGAAUUAGCCGUUAAUUUGACAUCUCAGUACAAAGAAAAUUUUAUUCAAGGUUUCACUUUUAUUUACUCGUACUAUGGUAGUGUAUUUUAGUUUGCUCAGUGAUCGACCUACUGACAAAGCGACUCGACGCUGUGAAGGAAGAGCUUGCAGAACUGAAAAAGCCAUCGCCAUCACCUACUCCAGUGGCUCCAAGUACAUCACUGAUAUACUCCAACGAAUCCUCAAAGGACUUCGGCGAGUCCUCAUCUGAAGGUCGCAAAUGAAUCGAAGCCUCGGGAAUCGAAUUUUGUUAUAAGUCGAGCCCAUAUCCUUUUUCUCGUGGAUUUCGGUCAUACAUUCACUUUAGCUUUGUCCUCUUUUGUUUUAUUUUUAUCUAGUUUUCGUCUUCUUGUUUUUUCCUAGUUUUCGUUCUUUUUAGUUUGUUUUUUCUAAAUUUUUUUUUAGUUUUGGUCCUUGAUUUUUGUUUGUUCCUCGUUUGUUUGUUUGUUUUUUAAUUUCCUUUGUCUACCAUUUACUGGUAGUUAUUUCAAAGUCUUUAAACACUACCUUCACGUUAACUCCGAGCAAAUUUGCUCCUCUUCAGAUUAUUAUCUAUGAAGCAUGAACUGCAAUUGCUUUCGUCUUCCGUGAAUUAAAUUUGAGCGUUGUUGGUUCUUUGUCUUUCUUUGUCAAUCAACACUCAUCUCCUUCCCCUACACUAAAAUCAUUUAUGAGUUACACACCAACACAGAGGCACCUGCUUUCCUUACCAACAAAAUGAUGCUCAAUUAAUGCUGGACAACUUUCCCUUUCUUUGCAGCUCCUUUUCCUCCACUUAGGCAUAAUUGGUAUGGGUCAAGACCGCUGACAAACAUGUAUAUUUUUGUGAUAGUGCUGAAGAAUUUUUCCUUUCGUCACGAACUUGCACAAGCCUGGUUGUGAAACCAUAACAUCAUCUUGAAUAAAUUGAACAGCGGCGCGGUUCGCUGAUCUGUCUCAGUGAAAACAAGUAGAUAAUGCAAGCUUAAAAGUUUCGCCACAGACCGUUUUUAAUUGGAGGUCAAAAUACUCUGUGAACACCUUAUUUUAUCACUUCCUUUUUCUCACAGCAAUACCAGUUUGAACUGAUUGCGCUUCCAUUGUGUGGAAAUUUGUGCUGGUCGGUGCUAAGAGAUAAUCGUCUGCUUAAAAGAGAUCCAACUGAUGAGUGUUUACCACAACAUAUCGGAGAUUUUUAAUUGUCGUCAUUUUGGCAAGCAUCCACAGUUACUAUGGAUUCACGACCGAGCUGGAGGCAUGCCCAAACGUUAUUAAGCUUUGUCUCUUUUCUUAAUUUCUCAAAUCAGAGUGUGCGGACUACAAAGUUCUGGACAGUGCUGACAGAAACAUUAAUUACGGAGCAGGGUGGGAAUGUGACGACGAUAUCGUCCGAGGAUGGUACCGUUUCACCGGAGCAGAGAUGGCUUCCAGAUCGGGUUAACUCAAAGUUCGGCCUGGUUAAAUGGCGAAGAUCCAUCUGUUGCCGACGGAAUGGUGAUUAGUAGCUCUACUAAUACUUAAUUUAUUGAUUCUUGGGCUUUCCUUUUUUUAUAGCGAGUUCACAAAAACAAAAGAUGUUUCUAUUUUUCCGUAAGAAAAGAAAGUCACUGUUUCUGCAGAAUAAUAAAAAAAAUCAAAAAAGCCAUUUUCUUUGCUUAAACACAACAAAAGAGCGGUAGGGAUAUGUGUGCGCUACAUAGAAAAAAAUCGAACUUUCGGUUAAAUCGAUAACUUUCCUUUCACAGAUAUAUUUGGACGAACUCGCUGACGAAGCUAUAAAGUUCCUAUUCGUGGAAUGGGAAAGCUGUGACAAUGAUAUAGUUAUGGGUAAAGCAGUACGUGGGGACAAGGCGUCAAACACAGUUUUUUUCGAAAAAAUGGAAUGAGCUGCUUCCAAAAUUGAGACAUCCAGUGUGGGGAAGAUUCAAAUAUCAUAUCAAAUGAAGAGAUUUGUGGAAACAACUCCUCGAACGAUAAGAUAUGAUGACGUCCCAUGCCUAGCGAUGGUACUUCACUUGCAAUAAAGCAGGAAAUUAAUAUCAGGAGAUUAUUGAGGAGCUUGCAUGCACUCUUCUGGCGUCCUGAUGAGUUCCUCACUCGUUUUUGACAAAAAAUAUGCGAAGAGGAUCACCCGCAAACAACUCACGGGAUUCUCAUUAUAUCUAAACAGCUCUAGUCAGUCCUAUAAGGGGAACGAGUUGAAUUGCUGUUGAAUUGCUGUUGGGUUGAAAUGUCCUCAGAAUCUCGACAUCGUUCUGUAUUGAGCAAAACGAAAUCUUCGGUCGAGUUCUUUUAGGUUUGCAAGUAGUUUCUUUAUUGGUUAUCACAUUCUUCACCAAUUCAAACAUUUGUCAAUUUUGGAGAAUAUUACUACGUUAUGUUUCCUAAUAUUUGUAUUAUCUCUCCCUUGAAAGCUUAUUUCGAUUACAUUACAAAGCCACUUGUUAAAAUAAAUAAUAUUUUCAGUAUAGGACCUUGUUCUGUCAGAAAAAUUGUCGUUACCUAAGUUUAAAUAUCGUUACUUGAGUAAUAGAUAAACAGGGUAAGAAUCAGGAGACCCAAAUUACUCGAUUUAUGCAGCACUUGGGGAUGUAAGCGUCUUGUGGGCUGUUUUGACUUUUUGUGAAAUGAGUAGCCUACGGAUUAGACAAGAAUUCAGCGUUAAACAAAGUAUAUCACCAGAAGGACAGCGUUUACAGCGAGAGCACGUCGACAAAGCCGUACCUUGCGUGACAAAUACUGAGUAACCACAUGGUUUAAUUGCAUAAUCUGUCCUAAUUUAUGUGUCGUGCACUUUCGGCACGGUAACUCCAUGUAAAUUAGCCCUUAGUCACGUGACGUUUGGGAAACCUGAAAUAUUUUGAGAAGGAAAGUAACCGAAUUGCGUGAAUUAAGGAGUGUCUAUUUCGAGCUCAGUGGUUAGAUUGUCUGCAAUCUGUGUUUGAUUUUUGCUAAUUCGUGUGAUUCGUUUAUUACUUUACCGAGAGGUAAGAAUUAUGUUCAAUAUAGAUACGAAUUUAGCUAACAUGUAAAGUGUAGCCUCGCUAAAACCCGAAACAGCGAAACGAAACGACCGAAAUGAAACAAGCGAAACCACCGAAAAGACGAAGACGAAAUCACCGGACCAAAACACACCACUACAACAUGGCAAUCGAGAGAACGAUCCUCCCGUGAGUUAGAUCAGGAGUAGACCAUAAUUGAAACGUGACGAAUGGCAUUGAUUUUAUUAUCAUUGACUGUUUUUUUUUUCAUGCUAAUUUUUGGUCCGGUGAUCUCGUUUCGUUUUCGUCGUUUCGGUGGUUUCACUUGUUUCGGUGGUUUCGUUUUGAUGUUUCGGGUUUUAUUACAAGUUUAUGCCAGUUUCGCUCCGUUUCAUUUUCGACUCCGUACAAAAAACCUUCUUGUAAGCACGUUCUUCAAUGAACUCGAUUUGAAACUGCAUUUUUAAGUAAAUGAUAAGGUUUCUUGAGAUCUUAAACCGCAUGAUUGAAAGAUUACAUGUUUUAAUGACUUCAAGGUCUUCUUGAACAAAACUAGUGACGUGUGGGUACCUAUUAUUGCUGUCAAAGCAAACUUUGUUUUGACAUAGGAAAUCUACAUCUUAGCCACCAAAUACAUGAUAAGCUGAUAGCUUCGUGUUAUUCCUAGAAGCUUCUUUCAAUAACUUAGUAUGCUUUAUUUAAAUACUUUAUUUUAAAAGUAUUUAUGUCUAUAACCUUUAGAUCUCUGGUUCAGUUCCGGUCUAGCCAUCCUUUCAAUGAUUAAAUUUCAAAGUUCACUGAUUUAUCAGUUUAUAACCUUCGGAUUUUAUCGAUGGUUCGCUUUAUAUAUUUCACAGAUAUAUAUGUUUGUAUUAAUGUUUGAAUUUAUUUAUUAUGUAUCAGUCAUAUGGCAGGUCAAACUUGAUUUUGAUGGGGGGCUAAGUUACUGGGCCAAAAAUGAAAUGGGGCAAAACUGGCAGAUACCAAUUCAUGUGUGAUCAAUUUUUGAGAUUAUUCAUGAUGUGUGAAAAGGCCAAAUAUUUUUAUGUGACUGAGUUUUAGAGAGGGGUAUAAGGGAACCUCUGCCAAUGAAAAGAUAGAAUUUAAAUCCUUAGAAACCUCUGAGCUCAGUUCUUUGUGAUUCAUUCACAAUCUUUCUCAGUGAGAUGUAUAAGUAACCACAUCAUACUUGUAAUGUGCAUUUCAAGCCAAAAAAUUUUAAUUCCAGUAUUUGGCCAGUUGUCUCGUGUUUGCGAAAAGAACUAAAACUUUCCCUUCCAUAUUCAAUAAUUUUGAUUAUUAUACUUAAGACUUACUAUGAAAAAGCUGGUUGGUCAAGAGCAUUCAAUCAAUAUACAGUACCGCUCGAAGAUAAGCGAACCACCUAACGCGUUGUCAACGCGUGGGCUCGAAGAAGUCAACGCGUUAGUGCUCUUUCGCUAACGCGUUAGCUAACGCGUUAGCUAACGCGUUGAUCAUCGACCCGUAUCGCCUUUGUUAUUAAUUUUGCCACCUCCAACCUCCUUUCUUUUGUAUCCAUUGUUGACCAACUCAAAGGACGGCCUUCAUCCGCAACUGAAAACCUUUUUGAAUUUGCAUAAUUUUACUUGUCGGUCAAGGUUUACGUUCUGUUGCUUUUUGCCGGUUUUGAAGAAAAUGUAUUCUGCGACAGAUAUCUGAAAAAAAAAAUUAAGGCAAGCUUUCGAAAACUACAGAGCAACUCUAAACAAAUGAACCCAGUCGAACUGAUGCGCUCUCUGCUUCUUGAGUCGAGAAUCGAAAACGCUCAUCGCCAGAAUGUCUGGGCCACGCGAGUCGAUUCUUUCUGCGACCAAAAUUUCAAUCACGAUUUCGUCAAGGGAAACAUCAGGCGGUUUUCAACAAUCCGCGUUAAUCAAGUCAAACAAUCUCCAGUAGCCCAAGCCAAGGCAAAAGGUUUCAUUAUUUAAAGCCUAUCGAUCGAAAUUCGAGUCACGAGUUUUAUUCGUGAACUGCUAGCGAAAAAACAUACUUAUAGUUUGUCACGCUUUUGUUUACGUUCUGCCGCUUUUCGCCCGGCUUUCAGGUGACUGUAUUGUGUGUGUGAGAACAAAUUGAGAAUUAACUUGAACGAAAAAAGUGUUCUAACGCAGACACUCGAAAAAUCACAGCGAGCGACAUUACAACUACAGCUGAAAUGGCCCGUACAAGAAGCCUGCGAUUCAACGCUCGCUCGCGAAAACAGUCAAAACACGCAUCACCAUAGUGCCUGGGCCACGUGCGGCCUCUUUCCAAAACAACAAUUGAGUUGAGUCUCUAAGCUAAAGAGAAGGUUCACGCUUUUCAAUUAUUCGAUUUCUCGUCGCCAGGAUCCUGUAAAAAAACUCGCUGGUAACCCGAAAGAUGGCCAGAGGUUUUACUCCCGAGGUUUUACUAUUUUAUCGGCGGACCUUUGACGAAAUUUGAGCCACAAGUUUCAUCAUAACUGUGUUGCCUAGCGCGUGACCAAAUUAUUCUUUACGAGUGCAAUUUGUAUCUUUCAAUGGUUUCUAUGCGAACUUUUAUUUUGCGUGUGAUCGUGAUUAACUAAGUUUUACUUUUUUUUUUUCCAGGGCGGGAAAAAGGCCAUAUUUAACACGCCCAGAAUUUCACUGCUUAAAUAGCGACAAGUUAGUGCUACGGUGUUUGAUGAAUUUCGAGAAAAAUUUCGAAAAACAGUUUGGGAUACAGGUGAACGAGAAUUUCGAAAGUAUUCACAAAUUACAGGUUGUAAAAUGAAAUCGCUUGACUCUUAGUUCGGUUUUCAGGAACAGAUCUUUGGAUGACGCUUGUUAUCGGGAAUACACAGACGCCGUGGAGAUGCUAAGGUGAAUGUGACAAAAAAGUCGGCUUUGUUUGGGCCUCUUGUUAUGCAAAAUGGUUUUAAAGUGUGAUCUACUAAUGAGCUUCGCUAAACGCGUUUGCGUCUGCGUGGACACGCAAACGCAAACGCUUUAAGUUCAAAACGCCAACGCGUUGGCUCUGCGUGGGGAACGCGUUGAGUGGUUCGCUUAUCUUCGAGCGGUACUGUACAGUAGUGUUUGAAGUUGACAUGAUAAAAUGCAAUAUCUGAAGCUUAUUCUGCAUUUAUCAAGAUUAUCAUUUAGAGGUCAAUGUUUGCGUAGUUACCAAGGCCUUGGUCCGUCUAGUACUCUAAGACUUUUGAAAACUCAAAGAGAAGCUCGAAAUAGCUGAAUACCUCUAGAAUAUGCAUAAUAAAACAAUUAUUUAAUUUAGUUUUUGAUAUCAUGCUCAACUUCAUUCAAUAAUUGCUUAUUACCCUAAUGUCAAGACCAUGGAUAGACCAUGGUCAAUCAUGGCUCUGCCAUGGUUAUUUACAGGACUUCCUGUUGUCCAAUUCUGUUUGUAAUAAUACUCUUGAUUAACAAAUCAGACAGCUGUUAUCAAUUAAUAAAAACUAUGACAAAACUUGGGAAAGAAAGUAGACAUCGGUUAUACGUUUUCAAAAAAAACAACAACAACAACAGAGGCAACAACACAAUCACAUUUCUGUCCACUUCCACAAGCAAUACAUGAUAAUUGUCCCUUAAACUGUCCUAUUACACAGUCCAAUUACAAGCAUGGUGCAUACAAUGUACUAUAAGUGCUCAAAUUGGGCUGAUGAUAACCAAUCAUGUUGAACAAUUUUGUUAUAGUUUUGAUUAACAGAUGAAAAGUAAUAUUUUCAGAAGAAAGUUUUUCUUCCUCCACAUUUUGAAUUCUGACAUCUGCAAAUUAUUAAGGUCCUGCAAAAUAAGUAAGGAUUUUUCCUUUUUGCACUGAGAGGGGGCAGCCAAUAUUAAUGAUCAAUUGUUUCAAAGUUGUUGUUUUUUUAGUCAUUACUUGCUAGUUUGAAAAAGCAACAAAUGCAUUCAGUACAUAUAUGGGGAAAUGAAUUAUUUUGUUCAUAGGUAAAAACUCUCAUUCCCUUGACCCUUUCACUCCCAAGAUCUCUUCAGUAAUUCUCCUUACUGUUUGCCAUGCCAUUAUUAUGAUGUAAGUUUGGAGAAUUUGGUAUUGGAUCAACUAAUAAUCCUUACUAAUAAUUAUUUUCCUUUAUUCAUAUCACUUAUCUGUUUGAUGUUGUGUUGAUAUUUUGUAAGGAGAAUUCCUGUCUUGGUCACUCAUGCAAGUUAAAGGGUUAAAUAAGGGUCAUGAGUUUUGAAAUUGGUUAAUGAUUGCAGUUGUAAAACGUUUUACUUGAAUUCAUUUUGUUGCACAUUAAAUAUUUAAGAAACCAAGCACAAUUUAUAAAGUUUUGGAGACAGUCCUUGAUGAAUGUGCAAAUUUAUGUAGGAUCUCAGUAAUUUAUUUUACAUUCAACUCUCUGCUAAUGGACACUCUUGUAAGUGCACAGCUCUAUUUAUGGACACUUUUUUCAAUUUCCCAUUUUUGUACCUAGACAAACUCUGUAUUAAGUACACAUUCCAGGAAUUAUUCUAACUUGUAGGUGGACAGCUCCAUUAGCAGACACUUUUACCAGUUUAGAGGGUGCCCAUUUAGGAGAGAGUUGACUGUACCAAUCAUGUUCUUUAUCACUAUCCUCAGUUCAUACUUUUCACAUUCCCUUCUUAGUUAAGCUUUUAUUGAUAAACAUGAAUAAGAAAUUACAACAAGUUUUCUUUACUCUGCGAUUUUGUUUAUUUCACCAACAACAUUCCUUGCUUAACAUACUCAGUACAGCAACUAUGGGCUAGUUUAAAAGCAUCAUGCUGCUAAACAAACUCUGUUAAAAAAAACAAAACAAAAUGCUCUCUUUCUGAUUAUUUUUGUAACUAAACAGUGAAUAUGUCAGUCUCUAUUAAAUAAUUAGGACCACAUUGUGAUGAAUUCACUCUGUGAACUGAAAAUAAUAAUAACUUAAAGAGAAUAAAACCAAAUAACAGGUUUGAAAAUAAGCAACUUGGUCUGAAUAUUGACAGCUUAGAAAUCAUUCAUGUUUUGGUUUAUAUUAAAGCUGUCCUAGGUUAUCACAUCAAGAUAAAACCAACCAUUGAUUUGCACUAUUGAUUUCUUUCCAUUUGGAUAUUAAUUUUUAAAAUGAAAGUAGUUUGUAUGUUUUUCCAAAAGCAGCUCUGAGAACUCAGUGUAUUUAAAUAUCUUUCUUGUUCAUAAUUGCCUUUUAUGUUCACAUGUAUAACUCAAGCAGCUGCUUAUGAACACAAAAAAUUAUGCAAAGAGAUUUAAGUUGAAAUGUUUCUCAUGAAAAUAAAUAACUAAAGUCUUUGCACAAAGACAUUAAUUUUACUCAAAGUGUUUAAAAGAACACUGAAGGGUGGAAUUGGCUUCUAAAGAUAAUGCAGUAAGAGGAUUAAAUUACUACAGUACCUUGGUUUAGUAGAUGUUAACUUAUAAACCUCAGUUUUUGCCAUUUUUGGUUCAAUGGUUAUUAUAAUUGCCAAGAAAGUUAUUUCAAGUUACUCACCUUUAAUGACAGCUUGUUGUUUUUUUUUGUUCUGACAGUUACAUUUCUAAGACAUGGAUUCCCAUAUUUCUAAAGAAAAACUGAGAAGUAAGAUUGAAACAACUUAUGGAAGAAAGAAAUUAGAUCUGUCAGGGUGGAAUUUGCUUGAGGUGCCGGAAGCUGUGCUGGAACUAACUGAGUUGGAGAAAUUUAAUCUGUCAAGGAAUAAACUUAAAAAAAUGCCUGAAAAUGUUGGAAAACUAAAUAAUAUUAUGGUACUUCUUGUAAGUGGAAACCAGCUGUCCAUAUUCCCUGCAAGUUUGACACAGCUGAAGAAACUUGAAUGGCUAGACAUCUCGCGUAACAAACUAACCACCAUCCCUGAUGCUAUUGGUGAGAUGGUGGGGCUGGAAGUACUGGGUCUGAGUUACAACCAGCUGACUGUGUUGAGUCCAGCAAUAAAACAGCUGAAGAAACUCAAAUGGCUGGACAUCUCACAUAACAAACUAACCACUAUUCCUGAUGCUAUUGGUGAGAUAGUGGGACUGUGGAGACUGGAUCUGAGUUGCAACCAGUUGACUGUGUUGAGUCCAGCUAUAACACAGCUGAAGAAACUCAUAGAGCUGAACAUCUCAUUUAACAAACUAACCAUCAUCCCUGAUGCUAUUAGUGAGAUGGUGGAACUGGAGAGACUGAAUCUGCGUUGCAACCAGUUGACAGUGUCGAGUCCAGCUAUAAAGCAGCUGAGGAAACUCAAAUGGCUGGACAUCUCACAUAACAAACUAUCCACCAUCCCUGAUGCUAUUGGUGAGAUAGUAGGGCUGGAGGAACUGGAUCUGAGUUAUAACCAGCUGACUGUGUUAGGUCCAGCUGUAAAACAGCUGAAGAAACUCCAAUUGUUGUUUGUGAAUGGGAAUCCUUUUACAGUUGAAGGAAUAAGAAGUGUUAUGGAGCUAGAAAAUAGAAGAAUGAUUGACCAAGUAUAUUCAGAUCUCCAAGGUGAGUAAAGGAAAUUUCUGGUCACACUAAUGUUGUGACACGUGUAUUUACUAAAUUUACUAAAUUAGUUCUAAUGAUUGACUUGCAAGUGGUUGUUCUGCUUGUUACUGAUUAUCACAAGUAGCUGGCAAUAGCUACACAAUAAAGCCUGAAGUAAAUACCAUCACAGUCACUGUAUGAUUUAACAAUGUUGGCAUCACUUAAGAAAUACAUGACUUUUGAAUUGGAAGUUUUUGUUAUAUAUUGAAAAGCUUUAUUUUGACAAUUUGGCUGACACUGAAAUUUAAGUUCAUCAAUAAGGAAAUAUGAUUUGAUGUGGAAUCAAGAGGGUUUAUGUAAUUACAAAUUAUUUUAUGCAGUUAGGAGUUAUUGUUUUGUGUUUUACCUUCUAUUUGACUGGAAUAAUGAAAGGCUGAAGUGAAUCUUGACUCAUUCACUGUUAGGAAUUGUUGUUUUAUUUUUGCUUUCUAUUUGAUUAAUUGGAAGUGUUUAUAAAUUGAAUAACUUUUGGCUUAUCAAACAAAAUUUAUAAUCUAAUACAAUUUGUGAAUUAAGUUACAGGAAUAAAACUUAAAUGUGUUUUAGUGUGACAGAAUUCUGAUCAUUAUUUCCAUAUAAUUAAGACUGGUGGUUUUUUGUGUAAUCUUUUUUAAACUUACAGUUGUUACGUUGUGGAAAUAUGCGCUUUUUCUCUCUCUUUUACAAACAAUUUAUUGGCUAUUGACUCCUCACUACUUGGCAGAAUUGUUAUAAAGUCAUUGCCUCUCUCUUGUGUAUACAUGCCGUCAUAAGGGGUUCUAAUUCUUAAUGUUAUGAAACAUCGAGUCAGUUUAGUUUUGAUGUGCAUGUUCACCAAACUCAUCACUACAUUUCAUGCCAGAAGAAUUAUUUUGACUGGCUGUGUAACGUUUAUGUAAGAGUGGGUUAAACGACAUGUUUUCUAAACUCACUAAUGCAUGAACAUCAGAAAAAAAAACAAUUUCGAUGGUUUAGUUUUUGUAUACCAGCCUUACUCCAAAAUUAUUCAUGUUAGGCAUUUGUAGUAGUUGAUUUGUCAACUUUUACCUUUUUUCUAAAAUUAUUUUUUACAAAUGAAUACACAACUUACUUUUCCUUUGUGUUGUGAAAACUUUUUCUGAUAAGACCAAAUAGCAGAUGGACAUAAAGCACAGCUGGCUUAUGAAAGGGCUUUGAAAGAUGGAUAUGUCACCGUUUACCGUGGUAGAAUAUUACUCAUUGGUCAGGAUAGAGCUGGUAAAACCAGUUUAAAGAAGAGUCUCCUAAGCCUUCCAUUUGACUCUAAAGAACAGAGUACUGAAGGCAUUGAAGUGGAUCCUUCAAAGUGUGAAAUUGAUGUUGACCAAGCUGUAAGGAACUGGCAGUCUAUUGGUGAGAAUAAACCAGGACUGCUGGAAUGUUCUAAAGAUGUGGCAAAGAUUGUGGUAGAGAAAAUAUUUGUACAAGACAAGUUUGCCAGAAAAAUGACUAUGCAGCUAAAACAUUUUGGAGAAGAAGAUACAGAUAAAAGUUCAAAAGAAGAUUUUGAAAAAGAUUCAGCCCAUGUUUCACCAGCAGAUUUUGGAGAGGGAUCUUUUGAUGGUUACAAAUGUGGCAGGAAAAAGGUGCUGUAAGAGUUUCAAAAGUAUUCUUUACAAAUAUGUUUAAGGCAGCUUUUUUAUGUGACAGUAUAGUUUAAAAUGCUUAAUGUCAAAUAAAGAUUAUUUCAACCUUAAAGUGAAACAAAAAUUGAAAUUGUUAAAUUUUGAAGUGAUUUUUGUGUGUGUGCAAUGGUUCUAGCCAAAAAGCAGGGAAGUGUUUGUGGUCUAAACAAUAAUUUCCCUCAUCGCCUGAAGAAGACUAGCAGUAGGCAGUCAAAACGUUGCGAUCUACAUCACAUGUGACUACAUCGUGAGACAAAGGAAAAACUUAGCUUUUAUUGUUAUUCACCAUGAUGAAUAACCACAACCUUUUCCACGAAAUUUCCCUCCUGUUACAUGUACUGUCAUUUUAUUUAAUUUACAUCAAACUUUGACAUAAUUAUUUCAGAUGUGGAAUGAGUUUGCUGGCUAAACUAAAUAACUGUGGUACUUAAAGUAGUUAAUUUCACCUUAUUUGAUACUUCACUCAGGUUGGGGAUAAAGGAGACUAUGCGUCAGUAGAUGCUAUGGACAACAUUAGCAUUGAACACUCGAUGGACUGCAUCUCAGAUGAGCCCAAGGUAAUUAUUGAUGUCGCUCAACCCCCUGAUACUGAAGAGCAUGUUCAUCAGUGGUUGAAGUAUCUCCAAGGCAAAGACAUAGAAAGUGGUUCAUUCAAAGAAGAAUCCUAUGUCAAAAUGGAUAUAUGGGACUUUGCAGGGCAGCACCUGUACUAUGCCAGCCAUCCUAUUUUCUUAUCACAACGAGCAUUAUACAUACUGGUGCACAAUCUCAGCAAGCCUUUGGAUGCCACAGCUGAGCCUUGCAUGAGGCAAGGGAGUAAUGAUGUGAAGUUAGAAAACCCUAACAAUGAAACAAACAUGGAGAAUUUGCUGUCAUGGCUGGCUACAGUACACGGUGUUGCCCUGGCAACUGAUGACCCGGAGGAUGAUGCACAACAUAAGCUACCCUACCUUCGCCCCCCAGUGUUUAUUGUUGGAACACAUGCUGACAAACCAGUAGAAGACAUAGAAGUAAUAAAGAAACAAAUACAGGAGAGAAUUUCUGGUAUGGAAUAUGAGAAGCAUGUGGUCAGACCUUUAUUCUGGAUUGACAACACUCAGGGACAAAACUUGAUUGACAACACUCAGGAACAAAACUUGAUAAAGAAAUUUAUCCAGAAGAUUCUAAACCAAAGAGAGAAACAUAAAACAGGUAAGAUAUCUCAUGUCAUUUUGUAUCCUUAACAAUGUGUUACUUGUAGCAAUUGAUGGUUUUGUAAUUGGUUACUAGCUUGUCUUUGGGUCAAUUCCAACAACACUUAAUUUGUGGCCAUUUUCUUUUAAUCAAAGGCCCAUUUGGUAGAUGGUUGGCAAGCAUUAAGCAUGCAAUAAUUAUUAUCUGACUCACAUUUACAUGAAACCCAUCAGUUCUGCUGUGUGUCAUUAUAAUUUUAAAAGGUUUGUAGACAUGUAGAAUGUCUCCGUGGGAGUGGUAAGUGAAGGAUACCACCCUGGUUGAAUGAGUUCAGGGUACUAAUGGAGGCUGCACUCUUCUCAGCUUUCAGCUACUUUAUGUACCAGCAUCACUAUACUGGGGUCUAUAAAUUUUUGCUGACAGAUUCAUCAAUCUUAGAGUUUAUAAUAAGGAAGAUGAUUUUGGGAGUUGGAGAAUUAUCAUCUAAGCUAUGUUGUCAGCUAUAAGAUAUCUGUGAUCACACAUGUAUGCAUGACACAAACUAUUCUCAUUGUAAGGACAUGUUUCUGUGUUACAUUUUGCUUUGAAUUCAUUUUCUAAACAUAUCCAGCAGAGGAAGAAGGAAAAGCGGAUGGAAUAGAUAAAUUGCAGGACAGAAUCCUGGAGGUGUUGAGGCAGGAGCCCUAUAUGGGGGAGAAAAUACCUGUCAGGUAAACCAAAAUAACUUUUUAUCUGGCAAACCUCAUUUCAUGGACUUUGGGAUCAAUGUUUCAUUCAAACAGUCAUGAGUAGUACUUUGAAGAGCAGUCAGUCUUUUGAGCAUAACUGUAUAUGCAUGUAAAUGUAUAUCAACACAAAAGUAUCUUACCUCCACUAGUUUGAAGUUCAUCAAAACUCUUAAAACAUCAGACUAUACAAAUACACUGCAGUCAUUUAAGUGCAAACAAACAAAACUCUAAUUCAUGACAUUGUGACAAUACUGUCUCUAAAAAGGUGUGAAUGUCUGAUGGAUAUUUGAGAAGGCACAGCUCUUUGAAUUGAGAUUGUUCAUGCGAAAAACACAACCAUGUUUGAAUUUUCCUAAAGUUUGGAGAUAGCUAGAUAGAGAAAAUAGAUGAAUUAAUACUGGAAGACUACAAAUAAGUACACGUCUAAAUGAAGUUAAUAUCCAAUUUUUAACCCCAAUACAUUUUAACUAUUCUGUUGCCUUCUAGAUGGUUUUUGUUUGAAAAGGUAAUUGAAGCUUUGCUGGGCAAACAGAUUUAUCACAGAAAUCUGCAACACCUUAAGCACUAUGCAAGGAGAGAUUGUUUCAUAGAAGAUGCAAAAGAGUUUGAGUCCAUGGUCAGUUUUUAUCAUGGUCUGGGGAUGAUAAUCAAGCACCGCAGUACAGUUGUACUGAAGGCUCAGUGGUUGAUUGAUCUGUUCAAACAGCUAAUAACCAUUCCACCUUUCAAUAAACAGGUAGGAAAAAAGAUUCAUUUUUGCAAUCAUCUUUAAUCUUUACAAUUGCGGACCCCAAGUUGUUUGAUGUACCUUUUUAGUUUUUCAGGUCAUAAAUUGGCUUGGCCUUUUUACUUUACAAGAGACUUGAAUUGACUUGCUACCGCCCAAAAUAAUUGCACUCAUACAAGUGAAUAGUUCUUUUUGCUUGCGCUAAUUGUUUUUUACUGUGCUGAGUAACAACUAAUAAUCACCUCUGAGCAGUCCAAGAUACAAAAUUUUUAGUUCUUGUACAUAAACGUGUAAAAAAUUCAAAAGGAAAAUUUAGUGGACCACUCUUAUCUGGAAUUUAUGUUAUUUAUAUAUCUUGUAGAUUCCCCUAUAUGCUGAGUACUGGCAGAAACUUGAAGGAAGUGGCAUCCUUAGUAUGGAACUUGUUGAUCAUGUGUUCUCCAACUUUAUUGAUCGAGGAAUCAUUAGAGAAGACAUCUUAGACAUGAUGGAGCAAUUUGGUUUGAUCGCUAAGUUCUCAGCAUCCCUAACUGAUGAGAAGUACUUUGUACCAGCUCAGUUGAAGUCAUCGCCUGAAGAACUCUGUAAGAUGGAACCAUCAUCAACUGAUCCAUGUCCAUUAUAUCUCCUCUUUGUCCAUGGCUUUGUCCCUCAUGGUCUCUUCUUGCAGCUUGUCUCGCGAUCCAUUCGUUGGUGUUCAAAGACAUGGGCCACGCAUCAACCUAGCCUGUACCAAAAUGGAGCAUGGUUCAUCAUUGGGAAAGAUAUUCAUGAUUUUGUCCUCAUAUGCAAAACAGGAUUCGUGAAGGUAAUCUUGAGACAAAGAGAAGUACAAAGUCAUCAGGUUGUGGGACAGAACUCCAUCAAACUAGCACCUCUUGUUCGUGAAUUUCUUGAAGACACCCUGAAGAAUUUGUCACAAGAAAUGGCAUACCUGAGGGGACUGCGGUAUAGGCUGUGUGUUGCAUGUCCUUACUGUCAUGAAGGAGCAGAAGAAACACGUCGUGCAUGCUCAGAUCACGUGAAAACCACUUGCACACACAAGGACUGCUUCCACCUCAUUGAUGCAAAUGAAGGUCAACCAGACAUCUGCAAGCGAAAACCUUGCAAUAAGGUGGAACCAGUGUCUGGAUUGAAGAACUGGUUCUUGAAAAGAAGAUCCCAGGUAUAAUUGAUUAUAAUGAUCUUUCAAGCAAAGAUUUCUAGCCUCAGUUUUAUCUUUGCUUUGUUCCUCUAACUUGACGAGAAUAUCAAUUGGGCUGUGAUCAGUGUUGAGAAAGGGAGCCUGAUAGAUUGACUUCAGGUUUAAAUUUUAUACUUUUUGGAAUUUUAUGCUUUUUUUGUUUUUCCUUGGUAAAGUAUUAAUCAAUAAAAAUUUGUAUGAACACAUCCAAAGUCUUUUUAUGUAAUUAUCAUAAUCUUAUAUGACCCUUUCUUUCUUCAGGGUUUGUUCUCUUCAAAUGAAGCUGCUAGAUCCCAUGAUGAAGCAAGUGAAAUCAAUUCAAUGAAGUCUGCCGCAGCAUUGAAGGUGACUCUCCUUUGCAAUGAGUGGAGUUCCUCAAUGGGGGGCUUGUCCACCAUUAACAGACAGCUUGCCAUUCUGUUGGCCAAGCACUCUGAAGUGGACGUUACCCUCCUUGUCCCACAGUUUGCUUGUUCUGAAGAAGAGAGGAGAAUGGCUCGAAUUCACAAUGUGUCCCUCAGAGAGGCACAAAAACGUCCAGGUUAUGCCGACUCCCUUGACUGGCUGAGUGCCCCACCGAGAGAUCUGGACAUUGACAUAGUGCUGGGUCAUGGAGCAAAGCUUGGUAAACAAGCUCAAUUCUUUAGAGAAUCGCACCAGUGCAAGUGGAUACAGGUAGUGCACACUGCGCCCGAAGAACUUGCAAUGCACAAAAACUAUCCCAAGGCUAUUUCUAAAGGUGAAGAGAAGAAUUUAACUGAAGUGACUUUGUGUAAGUUGGCAGAUGCUGUGCUAGCAGUCGGACCAAAGCUAACAGACGCUUUCUCCGCUCAGCUCCGCUCAUGCAAGAGUGAAAACGACAUCCUUCAACUGACUCCUGGAACUUUCCGUGAGUUCUCUGACGUAAAACAAGCCCCAAAGGAGAGUAACAAGUUUAAGGUACUGACGUUUGGCCGUGGUGACCCAGAGGACUUUAGCCUUAAAGGUUACGAUAUCUCUGCCAGAGCAAUAGUUGAACUAAAAGACAGGUCUUACUGUCUCAUCUUCGUGGGUGCACCUGACGGUAAACAGGAUGAGGUUGCAGCAAAUUUGCUGAAGAGUGGAAUUGAUAAAAACCAGCUGACCGUGAGGAAGUUUGUGCACAGCAAAGAGAGAUUGAAAGAAUUAUUUUGUGAAGUUGAUCUCUGCAUCAUGCCCUCUAGAACAGAGGGUUUUGGUUUGACAGCGUUAGAAGCGUUGUCUGCUGGUCUUCCAAUUCUUGUGAGUGGAAACUCAGGAUUUGGUGAAGCACUGUGCACUGUGCCAUCAGGCAAAUCAUUCGUGGUGGAGUCUGAGGACCCAGGGGAGUGGGCAAAGGCAAUUGCUGGUGUCCGACAGAAGGAGAGAUCAGAUCGACUUCAAGAUAUUCAGCAACUGAGGAGUUCAUAUGAAGAGAAGUUUAGCUGGGAGAAACAGUGUGACAGUCUUGUGGAGAAGAUGUGGGACAUAGUUCAUGGUGAGAAUGUUUUGAAUAUCCUUCAAAAAGUGAUUUAGGGGGCUCCUCUGGUUUCGGUCUUUUAUUACCUGUGAUUUAAAGCAUAAACACCUAUAAAAAAGAUGUUAAACAUGAAUAGUAAUCAGUCAUUUUAGCAUAUUGUUGUUUUCUGUGAUAUUAAAAAAAUAUUUCUUUCUAUCUUUUUAGCUUCUAAAAGACGAGACACAAGUUUUAGAGCUCGGCAAGGCACAGCAACUGAACAACUUACAGUUGAUUCAUUACUGACUCCAAGUGAGUAAAAGAAUUUAAUAACACAUGAUAAUUGACAUCCCCAAAGAAGUACAGACAGGUUACAAGGAGAUCCAGCAAUUUUCUCUCCUUAACUUUGGCUUCAGGCCAGCUAUGCUUCGUAAAAACUUAGCAAGGUACUUUUAACUUAUGAGACAUGUUUGUACUUAUUCCCCUGCACUCUUCAGUCCCAAACGUAAAACGUGUACAAACACAUUUUAUUUCCUUUUACUUCCUGAUCCGAACAGACGGCUAGGUGUUGAUACAGUUGUCUUUCGAAGCAAUAAUGAAGUAAUCACAUAUUCAUAAGGUAGAGGAAAUACAUCAGAAUAUUUUUGAAGCUCGUACUCUCUUGCUUAUUAGUGUAUUCAUUCACGGGCAGAAAUCGAACUUAAACAGUAACGUAAUUGACGGCUACAGCUUCCUUUUUAAGGAUGAGUUGUUGGACAAAACAGAAGUCUGGUGAUUGAAGCUAUUUUCGUUUUUACCCUAAGGUUUCUUCUAUUAGAUUGAGAAUUGUUAUUUUCCAACAGACGAUUCUUCCGCUUUUUUCAUGAAGUCAGAUUACUAAAAACCUUGUCUUUUCUAGGUUCUCUUGACCGAAUCAUCCAGGAACUUCAGCAGAUGCAACUCGAUGCAAGGAAAGUCAAGAGCAGAACAGAUCUAUCAUUGGGGCUAAGGAAUAUUGCAUCAGACAGGGGCUUCAGAAUAUCUGACAAUCAAGGAUUAGGAAAUUGCAUGUUCUACGCCUUGUCCGAACAACUGGAAAUUGUUAAGGGAAUCAAAAUCCCACAUGGCGAAUUAAGACAAAACCUGGUUCAGUACCUCAGGGGUAACCCAAAACUUGUAAGUUGAUGUUAGUAUGUCUAACAGAGUAUGUCACGUGAUGUUAUUUAAAGAGUAUGAUAAAGGUUUACCGAUAAUACAGGCUACUUGGCUAACACUAUUAGAACCUAUCCCAGUUUUCAAAGCAUGAAGUCAACCAGAAAUAUUGUUACUCCUCCUGUAUGGAAUGAUGGUCUUUUUUUCAGGAGUUCUGAUACCAGCUCGCACUCUUGGUGGAAAGGGGAACUUGAAAUAUUUAACUUUAUUAUUCAAGAAGCCACACAAUGACGUUCGUUACAGUUAAAUUCAUAUAUGAUGUAAUGUGGUGUCUGAAGAAGCAGGCCAACCCGGGUUUAGUCAUUUGAAUAUUUAGUUCAAAAAAAAGUUGGCUUUAAACCUCUAUCAGAUAACAGAAUUAUAGUCAAAGCGUUUUGAAACAUACACGGACGUUUUGAAAGACGUUUCAAUCACAAAAAUUUGUUACUAUGCAGUAAAUUGCUACUCGAAGGUUGUUUCGUACCAUUCUCAUAAAGUUACUACCUGACUUUUACUCCAUGCGCUCAAGUUCCUAUCAACAAUCCUUUUAAGUUUCUUCCUUUUAUUGAUUCUUCUUACAGCCGGAUGGAACAGAUCUGUUUGACUUUGUCCAUGGAUUUCAAACAUGGACUGAAUACCUGGUACACAUGGAACAAGAUGGUGCUUGGGGUGAUCACGUGAUUCUGUGUGCCGCAGCAAACUCCUUUGGAACGUGUAUUCGUGUGGUCAGCAGUCUAUCCCAUAGCAAUGAUGUAAUCAUUACGCCACAUUGUCCAGUUGACGAAAGCAAACCUCUUGUGCUGGGACAUAUUCAUGAGGUGCACUAUGUCAGCCUUCAACCCGUGCAAGGUACAGCUCAUCACAUUACUCCA